AUGAAACUUUUGAAAAUAAGAUAUGAGCUUCUUUCCAGAAAACUUAAUGGAUACUCUACUGACCCUUAUAAUAAAGAUUUUCAACCUCAAAAGACCUCUGAUGAUGAUCUGGUACCAACAAAAGAUAUCUUAGUGUGGUUUGAUCCUCUUGAUCCUGAAUAUGAGUACCAACAAAAUCUUCUGGAAUAUGUCACAACUGCGGUUUGUGUGGCAGUUAAAGGAAAACCAGCCAUUGGAGUCAUUCAUCAACCAUUUGAAAACUUUACAAAGUGGGGAUGGGUAGGCCACGGUGAGUCCACCGAUGCCUAUCCAGUGGCCUCCGAACCUGUUGAUGUAAGCAAACCUAUUUCUAUUAUUCUGCCGACAGCCCGUGCUGCACAAGUGAAAAUUAAAGCAAGAUUGGCCUUUGGCGAUCAUUUCGAUAUGUUUGCUGUUAAUGGGGCAGAAUUUAGUUUUAUUCAGGUAAUAGAAAGCAGAGCAGAUGGAUACCUGCAUGUACUUGAUGUCAAGAAAUGGAAAAUCUGUGCUGACGAUGCAAUAAUCAAAGCUGCCGAUGGCAAGAUGGCGACACUGAGUGAUAAAGAGAUUGAUUACGGGGAUCCUACUCGUUUUACUCAUGAGAGAGGCUUUAAGGCAACAAUUGAGGAUCUCGACCUAUUUGAAGACCUUUCUUCCUUCGAAGCAAAAGAGGCAUAACUCGUAAUUACAUAAAAUGAGAGUUGUUAUUAA